AUGGGGGCCUGUCGCGGAGGAGGGGAGGGCGACUGGCCGUCCGUGGGGUCGGGCUCAGGAGCUGCCGGUGGCGCUGUCCCGUUGGACCUGUCACUGCCGUCCUGA